GAUUGAGUUGCAGAAAGUGAGAGCAGUUGAUGGCCACCCAAAAUAACCAAACAACCUCUACUCCCAUUCCCACUCUCCAUUGCAAUGGACGCUCUGCUCGCGCCUUCUCAUCUCUCCCACCUUAAACUCAAACCCCAACUCCCCACUCUCUCUCACCCUUCUCCACCAAACUCUUUGCCCUUCCGCCUCCGCCAAUCCCGCCAAAACCUCCUUCUCUCCGCCGCCCUUCAGACCCCCCAACAAGAAGCGGAGGAGGGAUUAGCUCCGCCGCGAUUCGAGGACUACGACGAAGACGAAACCUACGGCGAGGUUAACAAGAUCAUCGGCAGCAGGGCGACCGAGGACGGGAAGGGAAUGGAGUAUCUGAUAGAGUGGAAAGACGAGCAUUCGCCGACCUGGGUCCCGUCGGACUACAUUGCCAAGGACGUCGUCGCGGAGUACGAGACGCCGUGGUGGACGGCCGCCAGGAAGGCCGACGAAUCGGCUCUCCGGAAGCUCGUCGAGGCCGGCGACGGGCGGGACGUGGACGCCGUGGACGAGGACGGCCGGACGGCUCUGCUCUUCGUUUCGGGGCUCGGGUCGGAGGAGUGCGUCAAGCUAUUAGCGGAAGCCGGCGCGGAGAUCAAUUACAAGGACAAACGCGGCGGCUUGACGCCUCUGCACAUGGCGGCCGGCUACGUCCGACCCGGCGUGGCGAAGCUGCUGAUCGAGCUGGGAGCGGAUCCGGAGGCGGAGGACGAUAAAGCUCAGACGCCUCUGGACUUGGCAAGGAUGAUUCUGAAGCAAACUCCGAAGGGAAACCCGAUGCAAUUCGCGCGGAGAUUAGGGUUGGAGAAUGUAAUUAGGGUUCUAGAAGACGCCAUUUUUGAAUUCGCUGAAGUGCAGGAGAUACUAGAGAAGAGAGGGAAGGGCGAGAACGUUGAGUAUUUGGUGAAAUGGAAAGAUGGAGAGGACAACGAAUGGGUGAAGGGUUGGCUGGUAGCGGAGGAUUUGGUGCGCGAUUUCGAGGCCGGGCUGGAGUACGCAGUGGCAGAGUGUGUGUUGGAGAGGAGAGAAGGGGAGAGUGGGAAAAUGGAGUACUUGGUGAAGUGGUCAGACAUUGAGGAGGCAACAUGGGAGCCUGAGGAAAAUGUUGAUCCCACCUUAAUACAGGAGUUUGAAAAUGAUGGUAAAAAGUUGUGAGUGGAGCUGGUAUUGGGAAGCCAGUGUUUUACUACAUCCCUGGGUAAUAUUAUGCUGCACUUCUCUGUGCCUUUGGGCCUAUAAAUUUUAAUUUUUUUUUUUAAUUCAGAAAAUGAGUGCUUUGUCUUGACAUGAUGUAUUCCACAAUCUUUGAUUAAUUGUUAUAUUGGUAGCCUAGAUAUUUAGUCAGUAAGAGAUACUAUGCGCUACUUCUAAAUUUAACUCAUAAGAGUUCAUAUGAGAACACCCCCACGGCCCCACAUCAAAACUAUAGAUAAAUUUGAACUCUCCAUUUAGAGUGAUUUUUUUUUGUUUUAAUUUCUAUAGGUUCAGGCAUGAGGUCAGGGCCACGAGGCCUCGACCAUGAGGUCUCGGCCACGAGGCCUCGACCAUGAGGGCUCGGCCACGGGGCCUCGGCCGUGGGAGUUUCGGCCAUGGGAGUUUCGGCCAUGAGGGCUCGGUUACGAGGCCUCGACCGGUCAAACCGCGAAUCCAGUCUUGGGCUCGGACUCGAUCAAAGCGGGGUUGUAACUAGGGAGUUUAGUAUGUACAAAUACCCUUGUUAUUGUCUCUUUAAGACAUUCCUAUCCAUUUUUGUCGUAAUCUACUUGUGUAAUAGCAUUACAUGUAAUAGCAUUACAUUGUCUUUGUAAUAACUUGACAACUACGAUUCAAUAUAAUAUUUGGCCUCCGUGACCCUA